AAAAUAAAUGUGGAAGGGAGUAGGAUUGAUCACAGAUCACCUAUAAAUAGUAAGGAAGAUGAUACACAAUUACAAUCAAUCAAUCAUCCCUACUACUAAUUAAUUAGUCUAAAUUCAUCGAACUUUAAGUUUGAUCCACCAUCAUAUAUGGCUGAGGAGAACACCCACCACCACCACUUCCUCCACCACCACCAAAAGGAGGAAGAGGGCCCCAUUGACCACAAGAAGGAUGAGAAACACCACAAAAAGCUCGAGCACCUCGGUGAGGCCGCCGUCGCUGCUGCCGGCACCUUCGCCGUGCAUGAGAAGCAUGAAGCAAAGAAAGACGGGGAGCAUGCACACAGGCACAAGGUAGAGGAGGAAGUGGCGGCGGCGGUGGCGGUCGGAGCCGGAGGAUUUGUGUUCCAUGAGCACCAUGAGAAGAAGGAGGCCCAUAAGGAGGAGAAAGAGGAACACCACCACCACCGCCACCAUGGCCACAACCCUUAAUUCAUUACCGACUAUUUCACUUCAUCAAUUCAACUCCCAUCCGUCCAAUAUCCCUCCCUAAUUUACUGCAUGCUAAAUAAUGUCAUAUAUUGACAGCCAUCCCAACUUGUUGUAUGCAUCAUUAAUUAAUUAUCUGCUUUCUACACUUUCAAAAAAAAAAAACUAUCUGCUUUCUAUUGCACUCGUAUUAUAUAUGUAUAAUCCUUGUGUGUGAACUUAUAAUAAUACUCCCUCUUGUCAAAAAUUAUCGUCCUCUUGCAAAUUAUGAUGUUUGAUAGAAGUUAUUUGUAAAUCAUUUUAUAUGAAAAAUGGUGUGAAAUUCAAUAAUAAAUAAUUACAUAUUUU